AUGGAAACAUCAGGCUUCUCAGACGAGCAGCUUACGGUCCGCGAUGCCAUAUUCAAAAUCUGCGCCACCUUUACCUCUGAUCCUGACACCUACUGGAUGGAACACGAUCAGACAGAGACCUAUCCACACGAGCUCCAUAAAGCUCUCGCCCAAGACGGCUGGCUAGGCAUCGCCCUUCCCGAAGAACUCGGUGGCGCUGGGUUAGGGAUCUCAGAAGCAACAAUGAUGCUGCAGACCAUUGCCGAGUCCGGAGCAGGCCUCGCAGGAGCUCAAAGCAUCCACGCCAACGUCUACGCCACUCAACCGGUGUCCAAGUUUGCCACCCCAGAACAACGAGAUCGAUUUCUACGGAAGAUUAUUUCUGGCGAAUGGCGAACCUGUUUCGUAAGUCGAUACUUCUCUCGUCCUAACCGACUCGCUUUCUGCAAUUCGAUUACGUAG